AGGACACAAAGUACUCAUGUUGCACUUAACUUUGUAUUACUUUCUUCAUCUUGUCGAAGUAAGGUGAUUUGUACUUCCCUUGUUAAAAAGUUAGAGAUAAUUUGUCACCAUGUUCCUCACCCUGAGCCUGCUGCGGAAAGGUAUCCCUGGCAAGCAGUGGAUUGGAAAGUAUCGACGUCCACGACAGGUUACAUGGCAGAUGAAACGCAAUAUGUUGAAGCAGCUGGAGCGCGAAGCGGCGAACGAAUACUGGAUCAGCCGACCGUACCUGAGUCCGGAGCAGGAGUACCGGCACGCAGCAGAACGCAGAGCGCAGAACUGGCUCAAGAUCAAGGAGACCAAAUUCGCCAAUUUCCCUGAACACAAGAACAUAACAGAUCACUUGAGUCAUCUCAAUGUCACCAAAACAUGGUCGAGCUAAUGUGAGCAAUAAGACGACAUGCAAAGACUGUCUUUAUAGUGUGACAAUUUAACAUGAUUAUAUGUGCAAGAGAAAUCUCUGUUUUAUGUGCUGUUGUGAAGCAGGACGUCUCCACAGUAGAUUCCACCUCUAAGUUCAAAUCUGUAAACUCUUGUUGGAUUUGUAUCACAGAAACAGAAUCCACACUGCAACUGGACUGUAGUUUCUGCAGAUUUUUAUCUUUCACAUAAAACUGCUUAACACUC